AGAGAACACACCUCCGCGCGAGCGAUCUCUUUCUCUCUCUCGAUCGACCUUCGCUUGGCCCCGCGCUCGAUCGCGAUCCCCACCCUCCUCCACGACAAACGCAAAGCUCUAAACCCUAGCUCCCAAGACCUCCAACGGCUCCAAGCUCAUCGCUUCCAGAUCUCGGGGAACCGCUGAUCAUGGCGCUGGACCGUCGCUCGGAGAACGGGGGUGAUGGGGAUGAUGAAAGGGAGGAGGAGGAGGAGGAUGAUGAUGAGGAGGAAGAUGGUGUUGAGGAUGAUGAAGAAGAGGAGGAGGAACCAAGGCUUAAGUAUCAGAGGAUGGGGGGCAGCGUGCCGUCUUUGCUUUCUAAUGAUGCUGCGGCGUCCAUCGCCAUCUCUGAGCGGAUGAUCGCUCUGGGGACGCAUGAUGGCUCUGUUCAUAUUCUUGAUUUCCAGGGCAAUCAGGUCAAACAAUUUUCUGCCCAUUCUGCUACUGUCAAUGACCUUAGCUUUGAUGUGGAUGGUGAAUACAUCGGAAGUUGCUCUGAUGAUGGAUAUGUGGUCAUAAACAGUCUAUUCACUGAUGAACGAUUUAAAUUUGAGUAUCAUCGCCCUAUGAAAACGAUUGCUCUAGAUCCUGAUUAUUCUCGAAAAACUUCAAGAAGAUUUGUUGCUGGUGGUUUAGCUGGGCAGCUUUUUCUGAACACCAAGACCUGGCUGGGCUAUAGUAAACAGGUCUUGCAUGAUGGCGAAGGUCCCAUACAUGCAGUUAAGUGGAGAACAAAUCUUAUUGCUUGGGCCAAUGAUGCGGGGGUGAAAGUUUAUGACAUGGCUAAUAAUGAGCGGAUUACUUUUAUUGAGAGGCCCAGAGGGAGUCCACGCCCUGAGCUGUUACUUCCUCACUUAUUUUGGCAGGAUGACACACUCUUGGUCAUUGGAUGGGGAACAUGUGUCAAGGUUGCUGUGAUUAGAUCCUCCUCAUUUCGUGGAAUGAAUGGAGUUAAAAGGAAUCUCUCCAUUUCGAGUUCGAAGUAUGUGGAUAUUGUGGCAUCCUUUCAGACUAGCUACUAUAUUUCUGGUAUCGCUCCCUAUGGUGAUGCUUUGGUUGUAUUAGCCUACAUUCCUGAGGAAGAGAAUGGAGAAAAAAGUUUUAGUAGCACUGCUCCUUCACGUCAGGGAACUGCACAGAGACCAGAAAUACGUAUUGUCACAUGGAAAAAUGAGGAACUCACAACAGAUGCCCUACCUGUUCAUGGAUUUGAACACUACAAGGCAAAGGAUUAUGCGCUUGCACAUGCUCCCUUCUCUGGAAGCAGUUAUGCAGGGGGACAGUGGGCUGCUGGUGAUGAACCUUUGUACUACAUAGUAUCUCCUAAGGAUAUAGUCAUUGCAAAGCCUCGAGAUGCUGAAGAUCAUAUCAAUUGGCUUCUUCAACAUGGUUGGCAUGAGAAAGCUUUAGCUGCAGUUGAAGCUGGGCAAGGUCGAACUGAGCUGCUGGAUGAGGUGGGAGCAAGAUACCUUGAUCAUUUGAUCGUGGAGAGAAAGUAUGCCGAAGCUGCAUCAUUGUGUCCCAAGUUACUUCGCGGUUCUGCUUCAGCAUGGGAGAGAUGGGUGUUUCAUUUUGCUCAUCUCCGGCAGCUUCCUGUUUUGGUUCCUUACAUGCCCAUUGAUAAUCCACGAUUGAGUGAUACUGCCUAUGAGGUUGCUCUAGUUGCAUUGGCAACGAAUCCAUCUUACCACAACGUACUGUUGUCGACUGUCAAAUCCUGGCCAACUACCGUUUAUUCUGUCUUGCCUGUUAUUUCUGCCAUUGAGCCUCAACUUAACUCCUUCUCUAUGACUGAUAUGCUAAAAGAGUCAUUAGCUGAGUUAUAUGUCAUUAAUACACAAUAUGAGAAAGCCCUCACCUUCUAUGCGGAUUUGAUGAAACCUGAGGUAUUCGACUUCAUUGAAAAACAUAGUUUACAUGAUGCAAUUCAUGACAAGGUUAUCCAACUGAUGAUAUUAGAUUGUAAAAGAGCAGUUACUUUAUUUAUCCAACACCGUGAUAUCAUUUCUCCCUCUGAAGUUGUUACCCAACUGCUGGGUGCUAGUAAAAAAUGUGAUAACAGAUAUUUCUUACACUUAUACCUGCAUUCACUUUUUGAGAUUGACCUUAAUGCUGGAAAGGAGUUCCAUGAUCUUCAGGUAGAGCUUUAUGCAGAUUAUGAACCACUGAUGUUGCUCACUUUCCUACGAAGCAGUCAGCAUUACAACUUAGAUAAGGCAUAUGAAAUAUGCAUGAGGAAAAAUCUUCUAAGAGAGCAGGUCUUUGUUCUUGGAAGGAUGGGGAAUUCUAAGAAAGCUUUAGCAGUCAUCAUCAAUAAAUUAGAAGAUAUAGAGGAGGCCGUUGAAUUUGUGACCAUGCAACAUGAUGAUGAACUGUGGGAGGAAUUGAUUAAACUAUGCCUUCGCAAGCCUGAAAUGGUUGGAAUGUUGUUGGAGCACACUGUUGGUAAUUUAGAUCCACUUUAUAUUGUAAGCAUGGUGCCUAAUGGAUUGCAAAUACCUCGGUUGAGGGAUCGCCUUGUGAAAAUAAUCACCGACUAUCGAACUGAAACUUCUCUAAGACAUGGAUGUAAUGACAUCCUCAAGGCUGAUUGUGUAAACCUUCUGGUUAAGUUCUACAAAGAAGCUCGACGGGCGAUCUAUUUGGGUAGCAUAGAAGAAGAAAUACGGGAAAAGAAGGAUGAAAGUGCAGCAUCACAAACAAUUGAAAGGGUAGCAAGCACGAAGACAAUGGAGCUCAAGUCUAGAACUAGGGGUGGCGCGAGGUGUUGCUUGUGCUUCGAUCCCUUCUCGAUUCAAAACCUUUCGGUUGCAGCAUUCUUUUGUUGUCAUGCAUACCAUGUCAGCUGCCUAACGGGAGGUUCAGAUUCUAUAAAUGCUGGUAAUACUAAUAAUGAAGACGACGAAGAUGACAUCGAUGGUGCCCAAUCUGACGGUCCCCGGUUAAGAUGUGUUUUGUGUACUACUGCAGGAAGAAGGUGAGCAUUUCUUGUGUAUUUAUUUGGUAGUGUUGUAUAUGUGCCAAUCUUUUUUGUGUCCAAUUGGCAUAAUAUGUAUUUUAUUAAUUUUUAAUAAAUUUUUUUUUCUGUUGA